UCAAACUUGACGUGCAGCUAGUUUUAUUUUAAAGACAAAUGUCAGAGAGGCUCAUCAUAUUUUCCCCCUCUUCUAUAUUUGGAGCUUAUUUAUUGCUAAGAAGCCUGGGCUCUUGGAGUCAAUUUAUCAGGAGGCUCCAAAGAGAGGAGAGCGGAGAGCGCGUAGAGCAGAGCUUCUCCAGGGAGACUUCCUCCAAAGCCUGGAGCUUCAGGUUGGGCACUGGCGAGGCAGCCUCCCGCUUGGCUUUCGGCGAAGCGAGCUGUGGCUGUGCGGAUGCAGGCGGGCGUCACAGCGGCGUGAACCAGCUCGGCGGGGUGUUCGUCAACGGGAGGCCGCUGCCCGACUCCACGCGGCAGAAGAUCGUGGAACUCGCUCACAGCGGCGCCCGGCCCUGCGACAUCUCCCGGAUUCUGCAGACCCAUGCAGAUGCAAAAGUCCAAGUGCUGGACAAUCAAAACGUGUCGAAUGGAUGUGUGAGUAAAAUUUUGGGCAGGUAUUACGAAACUGGCUCCAUCAGACCCAGGGCAAUCGGAGGUAGUAAACCGAGAGUAGCGACUCCAGAAGUUGUAAGCAAAAUAGCGCAGUAUAAACGAGAGUGCCCCUCCAUCUUUGCGUGGGAGAUUCGAGACAGAUUACUAUCAGAGGGGGUCUGUACCAACGAUAAUAUACCCAGUGUGUCGUCGAUAAACAGAGUCCUACGCAACCUGGCUAGCGAAAAGCAACAGAUGGGUGCCGACGGGAUGUACGACAAGCUAAGGAUGCUGAACGGUCAGACGGGGACCUGGGGCACCCGGCCCGGCUGGUACCCCGGCACCUCGGUACCCGGGCAGCCCGCACAAGAUGGCUGUCCGCAACAGGAAGGAGGAGGGGAAAACACUAACUCCAUCAGUUCUAAUGGAGAAGAUUCAGAUGAGGCCCAAAUGAGACUCCAGCUGAAAAGGAAGCUGCAGAGAAAUAGGACAUCCUUUACCCAAGAGCAAAUUGAAGCCCUGGAGAAAGAAUUUGAGAGGACCCACUACCCCGAUGUAUUUGCAAGAGAGAGACUAGCUGCUAAAAUAGACCUGCCUGAAGCAAGGAUACAGGUGUGGUUUUCUAACAGAAGGGCCAAAUGGAGAAGAGAAGAAAAGCUGAGGAACCAGCGAAGACAAGCCAGCAACACUCCCAGCCACAUUCCCAUCAGUAGUAGUUUCAGCACAAGCGUUUACCAGCCAAUCCCUCAACCAACCACCCCCGUUUCCUCUUUCACAUCAGGUUCCAUGUUGGGCAGAACGGACACGGCGCUCACAAACACGUACAGUGCACUGCCACCCAUGCCUAGCUUCACCAUGGCCAACAACCUGCCUAUGCAACCCCCAGUACCCAGCCAGACCUCUUCCUACUCUUGCAUGCUGCCCACCAGUCCAUCAGUGAAUGGCCGGAGCUAUGAUACGUACACCCCUCCUCACAUGCAGACACACAUGAACAGCCAGCCGAUGGGCACCUCUGGCACCACUUCCACAGGUCUCAUUUCCCCUGGAGUGUCAGUUCCAGUUCAAGUUCCUGGCAGUGAACCUGACAUGUCUCAAUACUGGCCAAGAUUACAGUAAAACAUGUGUUAAUUCCGUAAAUGACUAUAUGGACAACAGUUGGACGUUCAGCAGUAUUUUAUAAAGGAAGAAUGGCUCUCAGAGUACUUCUGUACUGCAACUGUGCCCUACGCUGUAACACAUGGAAAAGACUUUCACAUGGACCUUUGUACACUGGAGGCAUUAUAUCAGUUGGAACAAAUCUUCAUUUUGGUAUCCAAACUUUUAUUCAUUUUGGUGUAUUAUUUGUAAAUGGGCAUUUGUAUGUUAUAAUGAAAAAAAAACAAAAAAAGAACAAUGUAGACUGGAUGGAUGUUUGAUCUGUGUUGGUCAUGAAGUUGUUUAAAAAAAAAAGAAAAAAAAAAAAAAAAGAAGCCAUGAUCAACAAGCUUUGCCACGAAUUUAAGAGUUUUAUCAAGAUAUAUCGAAUACUUCUACCAAUCUGUUUAUAGAUUAUGGAUUGAUGUUCCAAGUUUGUAUCAUUCCAUUGCAUAUAAUUAAACCUGGAACAAUACGCACUAGAUUUAUGUAAGAAAAAUAUCUGUUGGUAUUUCCAAAGGUUGUUAACGGAUGAAGCUAUGUGCAAACAGGGGUUAAGAGAGAGCUUCAAUGAAGAAAAGAGUUUGAUAGAUAAAAGGUAGAUUGUGUCUUCGAUAUAAUCCAAUUUGUUUUAUGUCGAAAUGUAAGUAUUUGUCUUCCCUAGAUAUCUCCCAGAAUGAUUUCUAUAAUAAAGUUAAUUUCAUUUAUAUUUGACAAGAAUAUUCUAUAGAUGUUUUAUACACAUUUUCAUGCAUCAUACGUUUCUUUUUUGGUCGGCAAGAGUUAAUUGUUCUUAGAAUAGUUGUACUACUGUUCACAGUCCAAUCAUUUUUGUGCAUCUAGAAUUCAUUCCUAAUCAAUUAAAAGUGCUUGCAAGAGUUUUAAACUUAAGUGUUUUGAAGUUGUUCACAACUACAUAUCAAAAUUAACCAUUGUUGAUUGUAAAAACCAUGCCAAAGCCUUUGUAUUUCCUUUAUUAUACUAUUUUCUUUUUAACC